AUGGCGACAGCUCCAAUCGCGAAAGUCAAAUCGGUUUCACCGCAGCAACUUCUGACAGAUGCUCAGCGCGCUGCUGCUUUUCACGAUCCCAACAUUGGUGACGCUGGUGUGCGUGCUGCCUGUUGGUCUCCCAUUUCCCUUUCUGCCUUCCCUCCUCCCUGCGCCAAUUUCCUUCCCCUUCCCCGCUUUUCCCCACCCCAUCCUCCUUUACUUCUCCCCUCUGACCCUAUCUCUCCAAUCUACGCUCACUCCCACCACUUGUUCCCUCUCCGGCAGUUCACGAGGCGAGCGGGUCAGAGCCUAAGGCACCGACUGCACCAGCUGGCAGCAGCAAUGGAAGCACAUCGCUCCAACAACACACCUCUCCGCACUGAUCUCUCCACUGGAGCUACUACCCAGACCACAUCUGGAUCUGCAGCAGUGGAGCGAGGAGAAGCAGCAGCAGCAGCAGCAGAAGCAGUAGCAGCACAAGCUGUGAUGGCCGUGCCGGCGCCAUCGCAAGGAAUGGCAGCAGUGAGUGCAGCAGCGGUGGCAGCGGUGCGGAUCUCCACCUUCCACUCCUUCUGCCUGCAGACCCUCAGGCAGUUCGCGCACCUCGCAGGCCUGCCCAAGGACUUCACCGUCUUCCCUCCUAAGAUGCAGGUCAGCGCCAGCCUAGUUCAUGCCUUCGCUGUGGACGAGUUUCAGGACACCGACAGCUGUCAGAUGGAGCUGCUUCUGCUGCUCUGCCGCCCGCUGCCGUCCGCACCGACCCUCACCCUCGUGGCCGACGACGACCAGCAGAUCUACUCCUUCCGUGGCGCCAUGGGCCUGCCGAACCUGCGUCGCUUCCUCCGAACCUACCCACAGGCUCGGACGGUCUGCCUCGACCAGAACUUUCGAAGCUGCGGCUCGGUGGUGGAGGCUGCCCGCCACGUCAUCGCGCACAACCAAUGGCGGCACGCCAAGUGGAUGGUCACAGCAGCGCCAGUGGGCCCGCUUGUCUCUUUGUGCGAGUGCCGAACAGAACGGUGCGAGGCAGCAGCCGUGGUCGGCAAGAUUUGUCAACUAGUGGGGUCGUGCGGGGUGCCGGCGAAUCAGAUUGCGAUUUUGUACCGUGUGCAAGCAGUGGGCAAGGUGAUUCGGCAAUAUCUGAAGAGCCACGGGAUUAAGGUGUCCACUGCAGCAACAGGAGGAGGGGGAGCAGGAAGCUUCGGGAAUGGCGGAGGAGGAGGGGGAGCAGCAGGAGGGGGGGAAUGGGGAGCAGCAGAGGAGGAUGGGGUAGCAGUAGCUGCAAAUGGUUUCAUAGCAGAGGGGGGUAACAGUGCCAUGGCUGGUGGUGCUAGGGGAGGGAGGGGGACGGGGACAGUGGGAGCGGUUUUUCAUGAUAUCCUGGCUCUGCUGCGAUUGGCUGCCAAUGAGUCGGAUGACGUGGCGUGUCGGCAGGUCUUACGUUUUGUUUGUCCACCGCCCACCCGCCAGGUGGCAGUCUGUCUGCGCACGUUACAGUGCGCCCCGCACCGCAUCUCGCUCCUGCCUGCCGCCCGCAUGACUCGUCUGCACCUCCUCGGGAUCUCCCGCUGCGCCGCCCUCUCCAGCGUGCCUUCCACCAACCCCGGCAGUGCUACUAACGGAUCAGCAGGCAACAGCAGUGCUUAUAACGGAUCACACUCCACCCAUGCACAGAACGCAGCUGACCCUGCAUGGCCACACACGCUCUCACCAGACGACAUGGAGGUGUUAGAGGGGAUACGGAAGAUGGCGGCAGCAGUAUCGGAGCUGCAAGGCCUACUGGGCAUUCCCCCGCCUGGCUGGUCGUCUACCCCUGCUUCUGCCUCCUCUACUCCUCUCUCUGCUUCUGCCUCGUUUGCUUCUGCGGUUGCGUCGCGCCCCCCUGCGAGCAGGAGGAGAGGCAGUGCUGCUGGGAUUAUGGGUCUGGGUGGUGGGGGCUCACCCCUCCCUGCGUUUUUCCAAGGAGAAGGAGGAGGGGAGGAGGAGGGGGAUGGGGUGUCCUGUGAGGCUUUGGUGCGUCCGGGUGGCAGCAGCGAGAGCAAGCAGGGCAGCAAGAGGCCGAGCUACGCCGACCUGCUGCUGCAGCGUGAAGGAGUGGUGGGAAUGGUGGGCGGCACCGGCACGGCACAGGGAAUGGGGCUUGCCCGAUGGUCCAAUGCUGCAGGGACUAGCAGCGCAAGGCAAGCUGAGUUCGAGAGACGGAUGGGGGAGCAAGGAGAGGUGGGCUUGCACGAUACCAAUGCUGGUACUGGUGGUUAUAUUCGUGGUGAUGGUAAGUAUGGUGAACAUGGGAACGGAGAGGGGGAGGUGGAGCGGGAAGGGGAAGAGGAGGAUGGGGAGGAGGGGGAGGUGGUGGUUCAGUUUGUAGACAGAGUGAUGGAGAGAGUGCAUGAGAGGGAGCUCGGGGUGGGUGUGGAGGACGGAUUGGGAGUGGUGGGGGACGGUGCUGGUGAGAGAGAGGGUGGUGGGGAACGCGGAGGGAGGCGAGCAGGGAGAGAGGGUGAAGGGAAGGGGCGGGGGAGUGGGGGGAGUGGGGGAAGUCGUGGGCGAGAGAGUGAGCAGGACAACGGGGGAGUGGUGCUGAGCACGAUUCACCAGGCCAAGGGGCUGGAGUGGCAGGCUGUGAUUGUAGUGAGGGUGAACGAGGGCGUGCUGCCGCUGGUGGACUUCAGUAGAGUCACACAGGCCCCUGCCACUGCCAGCACCACCAACUACUCACCCACGCCCCAAACUCUACCACCGACAACACCGACAACGACAGCAGAAGCAGCGACAGCAGCAGCAGGAGGAGGGGUAUUGGGCGGAAGGGAGGGGUGUGGGCGUGAGAGUGGGGUGCGGCCCCUGCCUCCUCUGCCUUCCAUGCCCCCAGACUAUGACGCACAGAUGGAGGAGGAGAGGAGGCUCAUGUAUGUGGCGCUGACCAGGGCACAGCAGCAUCUUAUGGUCACUCAUGUGAUGUCUGCUGGCGGCCAACCAAUGCUGCCAUCCAGAUUCCUCGCAGAGCUCCCUCCAGCUGCAGUGCAUCGCACAACUCAGUACGACGAGAGGCCGACCAAUCAUGUGCAACAGUUCGUGUCACAGCCGUCACAAUUUUCGUCUUAG